AUGUCAAGGACAGUAACAAAAACCAAGCUUAGUGGCAACGCCAUGCGUGUAUCGCGCAGACACAUCUCUUCCCAGACUCUCGCACGUCGAUCGGCAAUUCCUUCAAACUACGACGACACCAAUAGGUUCUCAACAGCCGCAGACACAAACACAAGAGACCAGGUGGUUGCCACGCCCAAGAUGCCGAGGCCAACCCCGCUAUCCAUUCUUCCUCUCAGCUCUAUUCUCAGAUCACUAGCAACCAUGUCAAUAUCUUCUUCUCCACUUCUUCUCCGGCCCUCACUCCUCAUCAUGGACAAGCUCGCACACUCCCACUCCCCCCUCCUCUCUCCCGACACCAACCCCCUCCUUCGCCUCUUCCUCAAGAAGACCUUCUACGCCCAAUUUUGCGCCGGUGAGACCGCCUCUGAAGUAAAAGCCACAGUCGACAGCCUGCGCUCCCUCGGUUUCUCCGGCGUCAUCCUCGCCUACGCGAAAGAAGUUGUGCUCGACAAAUCCCAAACCGCAUGUCUCUCCCCUGCAGCCGCGGAAGCAUGCAUCCGCGACGAAAUCAUACCCUGGGCAAAUGGCACGCUGGAAACAGUUCGCAUGACGCGCCCGGGGGAUUUCGUGGCGCUGAAGUUUACGGGGGCGGGCGCCCAAGCUCUACACGAUUUGUCGGAGCAAGCGGAGCCGUCACCGGCGCUCAAAGAGGCCAUUGAUUCCGUGUGCGACUUGGCGAGGGAGAGGGGGGUCAAGCUGCUGUUUGAUGCUGAGCAAGCUGCAUUACAGCCGGGUAUCGAUGCGUGGACGCUGAAAUACAUGGAGAAGUAUAACCAGGGCGCAAACGGGGCUGUCAUCUAUGGUACCUACCAAGCCUACUUAAAGGGUGCUCCAGCAGUUUUAGCGAGCCACCUCGCUGCUGCCCGGAAGGGAGGCUUCACGUUGGGGGUGAAGCUGGUGAGAGGUGCUUAUCUGGGAUCGGAUCCGAGGCAUUUGAUUCACGAUACAAAGGCGGAUACGGAUGCGGCGUACGAUGGCAUCUCAGAAAGCCUGGUCCGACGCACAUACAAUACCACCCUCCAACCUGCACCCAGCGAAGCCGAUCAGAAAUUCCCCGCCGUCGCCGUCGUCCUAGCAGGUCACAACAUUACAUCCGUGCGCAAGGUGCAAGCGCUGUGCACUCAGCAGAAGAAGCUCGGCGUGUCGCCGAAUCAGAUCGACAUCGUUUACGCGCAGCUGCAAGGCAUGGCCGACGAAGUCAGCUGCGAGCUCGUGCUCGCCAGCCGCGAAGCCCGCGAAAGGCAGAGAGCGGAUGCGGCUGCCGAGGUGGAUGUCCCGAGAGCCUACAAGUACCUGGUCUGGGGCAGCACGGGCGAGUGCAUGAAGUACCUGUAUCGGCGCGCGCAGGAGAAUAAGGAUGCGGUGCAGAGAACGCGAGAGGGCCGGGAUGCGAUGGCUGGUGAGCUGUGGAGGAGGGUUAGGAGGGGGUUUGGGCGACUGGCUUAG